ACUCUUCAACAUGCAUCUCCUCGCGCUGACUUCGCUGCCUUUGUUAGCAGUUCUGCUGUGUGCCUCCAAUGCACGCCCGACGAACAGCGUUGUGCUCGAAAGGAUCGAAGAAAGCCCAACUGGGUGGGUUCUGGACCCCUCUGCCGCAAUCGAUAAAGACAGCACCAUUAUCACGUUGAAAAUCCAUCUUGUAAACCAGGGAAUGGACAACUUUCACAAACUUGCGCUGGAUAUCGCAACCCCGGGUAAUCCGCAGUACGGUAACCAUCUCGAUUACGAGCAGAUCGUGUCCAUGACGAAGCCAAAAGAGGAAUCUGUAAGCCUCGUUAAACAAUGGAUUGAAAGUGCUGUGUCCGAUACCAAAGUCAGCCUGGCGGGCGACUACUACACAGUCGAAGGCACCGUCACUGCCAUUGAGAGUCUUUUAAAGACGGAGUACAACACCUACGUGAACGAGGAAACGAAGGCCAACGCCCUUCGAACCCUCCAAUACAGCAUUCCCUCCAAUCUUGUUGGUCAUGUCGAUAUGGUCCAACCAACCACGUACUUUGGUGUCAAGCAAUUCCGAUCCACCGUGUCCGAGCACCAUGCUAUUGCAGACGACGAAAAUAACAUCGAGGCAGCACAGGCUGUGACAGGAUGUACCGGCACGCGCAUUACGCCUACCUGUCUUGCCAACUUGUACAAUUUCGCGAAUGCGAAGAACGAAACCAUCGGACUUCUCGGAGUGGCAGGCUUCCUUGAGGAAUAUGCUAUCAAGGCCGACUUUACUACGUUUCUCAACAACUUUGCGUACUUCGACAAUAAAGCCAGAUCUUUCACCUGCACGGGCGUCAAUGGGGGAACCUGCCCAACGUCGCCUGCAGGAACCGAGGCCAAUCUGGACGUUCAGUACGCGGGCAGCAUCGCGAGCUCCGUUCCAAUGACGUACUACAGCACAGCAGGCCGUGGAAAAUUCGUGGGAACCGACACAAAUACUAAUGAGCCAUAUCUCGAGUUUCUGAACUACCUGCUGGCUCUUCCGGCAGCCUCUCUUCCCAACACACUCUCCAUUUCCUAUGGCGAUGAUGAGGGAACGGUGCCGCUUUCCUACGCGACAAACGCGUGCAACCUGUUCUCCCAGCUCGGAGCCCGUGGUGUUUCCAUCCUCAUCUCCUCAGGUGACUCGGGCGUAGGUACGACCUGCACGGUCAACAGCAAGACAUCGUUCGAGACCGCCUUCCCGGCCAGUUGUCCGUGGGUCACAACGGUUGGAGGAACGACUGGAAACUCUCCUGAAAGUGCCUGGUCCUCUGGCGGUGGUGGUUUCUCUGAAAUUUUCGGCCGCCCGGACUACCAGAACGCGACCGUGAACAAGUGGCUCGCAUCUGACACCACCCACAGCGCCGUAACAAAAUACUUCAACUCGUCUGGUCGCGCAUACCCGGACAUCUCUGCCCAGGCAACCAACUUCGUCAUCGUUGCGUCCGGAUCUACACAGUCCGUGUCUGGCACAUCAUGCUCAGCACCAACAACGGCCGGUAUCUUCCAGCUGCUCAACAGCGCUCGAAUUGCGUCGGGCAAGAAAGGCCUCGGGUUCCUUAAUCCGUGGUUGUACAACACCGCCAGCACUGGAUUUACCGAUAUCAAGAACGGCAAGAUCGGAGGAUGCAGCGGGGUCAUCUCUGGAGCGGGAUUCAGCGCAGUCGCAGGAUGGGAUCCGGCAACAGGCCUUGGUACACCCAACUAUGAGGCUCUUCUCGCAUUUGCCACUUCAACUGCAUAGGGGUUUGACUCACAAGCUCUAGCAAUGGAGUAUUAUCAGAUGAACGUCGUGCAAACCCUGGCACAAGUCUCAGCCCCCAUUGAGCGGGAGUGUAGAUCAGACUUUUUAAGGUGAGCACACAUAGUAGUGUCAACUUUCGGCUUAUUGUGGUUAUGGUCUGUAACAAUAGGCAACAUUGCUGCAGGGAAGUAAACUUGGAGCCAUUUAGAUCUGCCAGAGAAUGUAUUUCUAUAUAUUGCUCAAGUGAAUUAGAACUUAGGAAAUUGCAGAAUCUACAACGAAGCGCUUCCGAGUC